UCGCCCAUCUCCCGCCGGGGGCAAUAUCCAUUCAGUUUUCUCGAUUUUCUCCUCUAGACGAGGCAGUACUCCUCAUCCAUAUCCUGGGAAGCCCCCUCUGUAUAGUUACGGGAUUACACGAAUUAUACCCGGCACGUCUAGGACUUGCACCAUCUUUCAACCGACAUAACACGUGCAUACGCAGCUGUGCCUCUGUACCGAUACCUGUAAAACUCAACGAUGCCUGCACCAAGGCCCUCGCAAAGUGCAGAGGCAGCGCGCGCAGCGGCUCUGCAGGCCGAGUUUAACGAGAAGAAAUGGGUCUGGGUACCGGAUGACAAGGAUGGGUACCUCGCCGGCUGGGUGGUCAAGGAGGAAGACGAUGUGGGAGACGUGAUAAUGGCUGCAGGAGGAGAGAUCCGGAGGCUACCACUGUACGCGCUGUCGAAGAUGAAUCCUCCAAAGUUCGACAGGGUGGACGACAUCGCAGACUUGACGUUCCUUAACGAAGCGAGUGUGGUACACAACCUUAGGCUGCGCUAUGGGUCUGGGGCUAUCUACACCUACUCAGGACUCUUCUUGGUAGCCAUAAACCCAUACCAAAACCUUCCUCUGUACUCCGACGCGAUAAUUCAGCAAUACCGAGGUAAACGCCGUGAUGAGAGCCCGCCACAUAUCUUCGCCAUUGCUGAACGCGCGUGGGUCAGUAUGGGCGAGGAGCGGGAGAACCAAAGUAUCCUCAUCACCGGUGAAUCUGGUGCAGGAAAGACAGAAAGUACGAAGAAGGUCAUCCAGUACCUCGCUGCCAUUGCUACCGACACACAUGCCCCCGGCACACCAUCACAAUCUCAGUCACCUUCCCUCGCUCAUUCCAAUUC